UUCAGAUUACGAAAGUAGCUAGCACCAAUUCAAUAUUCGAUUUUUCAACCCUUGCCUAGCUUCUUAUCCUUAAAUCUACCUAAAGUUCUGCACGAUCGUAUAUUUUAAGUUGAUGGCGAUAACUUUAAUUUCGCAAUGCACAGUGGAAUGCAAUCAAAAAAUAUAUUUACUGACUUUUUACAAAUAGAGAUAAAAGAUUAGUAGCUGGCGUCAGCACUGCGAUAUGAAACAUUAAAACCUAUUCAAUACUUGCAGAAAGUUUGUUAGAAUUGACAUAUUUUCGGGUGGCAUUGCUUUUAACAGAAACAAGCGUUCCUUUUUUUAAACGCAUUCCUCAAUGUUUCUUAGUUUUUGUUUCAAGGCGUACCACUUGAAGUAGUUCGAUUGCGCAAGGCUUAUGAGAAAUUUUUCAGGUCGCCCUUAAACAAUUUCAGUAAGGUUCGCCUUUAAAUGUUUACAUCCUGGUGCAGACUUUGGUCGAUAGAACAGGACGGUUAAUGGCUGCAACUCCGAGUUUCAAGUUUUAACGCGAUCAUCAGACAUUUGCCUGUGCGGCAUCGAGCUCUCCUUCAUCGCCUUUGCAUAUGACAGACCGGGAAAACAAUUAUUUUCUCCCUAAACAGUAAUGUAACUUGAACUAAGCAAGGGUGAAAGCACACACUUAAGUUUUUAUUAAUGCCUGCUUUCAAAUCGCUUGUUCAAGGCAUUACGAUAAUUCCAAUGAUAAAGGUAAUAUUUAAUAGAUUCGGUCUUUUAAACCACACAAUUUUAUGUACAGCAAUCGAUCCCUUUUAUGUGCUGAAAAGAUUUCGCCUUACACCUAAAGCUUCUUUGUUUGGGCUUCAAAAAACAGAUAAAUAACUUUAAAAUUCAAUUUUGAUAAAUGAGGAAAAGUACUGCAGGAGCCAAGCCAAGGCUUAGGGUUUUGAGGGUUUUGCCAAAGACGAUUGAUACUAUUAGGGUGACGUCGGCGAAACUUCAAAAACUUUCGAAAUAUCCUUCUAGACUGAAUAUCUCUGUGCAAAGGGACCUUUUCCGGCCCCCAUGAGGCGCCCCCAAAAAUUACCAAAUCUAAAUAAAGUGGCCUUCGAUUUAAAGUUAGGGGAUUCCUGUAUUUUUUCGCCGUCAAAUUUGAUGUAACCAGCUGCCUUCGUUUCAUUAGAUCCUCCACGUUUUCGUGCCUCUAUCAUCGCUGUAUAGCUAGCUAUUUUGGGAUAUGACUAAGCCUUUGGAUACUGUUUUGAAUAUACGAAGAGCGAGAGCAUGAAUAACUUACGUCAUGGUGCCGCGCUAUUUUCGCAAGCGUCUUGGUAACAAUUGCAUUCACGUGUUAAUUUUAGACCGCCAGUUUCCCAGUAACAACAGUACCUGAGUCGACGUGCAACAACAACGUUUUAGUCGGCUAUACGUCAUGCUUUGUGAAAGCCCCCUGAUCUAUGUGAAAGAUUAUUUUGGUCAGAAGAAUAUUUCUCAUCAUUUUUCAUAUUGAAACACCUGCAGCUUGAAAAUAAACCUCCGUCAUAUUUGACCGGUCUCCUUUUUUCGGGUAAUUUGCAGUGUUUUCCGGGGGCCGCAUAAAAGUUCUUAUUCAGAGGGAAGUGGGCUCUGACUACUGUGAAGUUCAUCUUUGACGGGGGUCUCAUUGGUGUUGUUUAAUACCGCAUAAGAUUUAUGACGAAUAAAAAAGACACUUGAAACAGCAUCAUAAAAGUUUACGGUGGCAUGCAGACAAUGCUAAUGGACUCUUACUCGCGUAAAAAUUCAACAAAGUAUUGAUCAAUUAGAAUUUCAUUGAACAAGCUACACCUGCGGAAUAUCUGAAAAGCAUAUCUGAGACGGGAAAAUGAGUCGGUGACGAUACUCAAAAACUUACAUCGAUAAUCGAUCAUUUUUGGAAAAAUUUGUCGUUUCGUUAAACAGUUUUUGCACAUCUUGUGGAUCAUUUUGUUAUCAUCUCGUGUGAUGGCCUUUUAUCUGAACAGAAACUUCAAAGCUAGCGGUAGUCAGUUACCAUGUCGCGACUAUGCUGGCAAUAUUGUCAAAAGCGGGCAAUCGCUCACUGUUGUGACAGCUGACAGCUGUUCCCAUUGCACCUGCGCAGGAGGCAAGACCAGUCGAUGCAUUAAUGUGAGGUGUAUUAAACCAAAAUGCGAAAAUUACAGAACUGUGCCAGGAAAAUGCUGCGAAUACACCUGUCCUGAUUCUUUGCCGAUUUCCGACACAAAACAGUUGGCGGUCAUACUAUCUUUAUCGAUUGCUUUUUUAAUAAUUGUCAUAUUAAUAAUUGUUGUGUGGCGGAGAACGAGAAAAUACAAAAGAUAUUCUGGCAAUGUGGAAACUGAAUGUGUACAAAAUGAACAAGAUACAAAUGACUCAAUACCAAAUAACCAAAGGCAGCAAGCAACGACGUCUACCAGCCAUGCACAAAGGACCGCAGUUAACAUGUCAUCUAUCGAACUACCCCCUUACGCACCCCCAAAGAAUGCAGACCCGGAGACUAUUACCCCUUGUGAACCGCCCCCUCCUUAUACACCACAAGGAGUUUCAUUUGUAUGACGAAUUCCGGAAGCUUGCUAAUGUUAUUAGAAUUGAAUAGAUCAGAAUCAUAGCAAGCAAAAAGUUUCCGUUAAUGAAACGGUAGUUGGACGUGUAGGAGCAAUGAUUUUGCGUUGCUUAAAACGCAUGCAGAGGAAGGAUAUUCCACAAUUAUUUAUUGAUAAGUUGAUGGUAAACCAGAGGACGAACUGAAAGUAACAGCAAAGAUAUGGCCUGUGGUGUCUUGAUUUGUGUAUAGACUUCGGUUAAUGCUUCGUUUAUGACAGCUCACUGGGACCCUACACAAAAACUCACAAAAGUUAUUGCUAAUGGAACAUUUCAUCGUUGCAUGUCUCGCAUACACCAUGAUAAAAGCACACUGGAACUUUUUCUAAAGUUUAUCCUAAAGCUGACGCAAGCAUGUCUUAGAUUUUCAGUCACGUGUAAAGUAAAGACUAUGGGGAUUUCGGAAGAGAAAUCUAAAGCGUUGUUCGUGUAUCAUUAUGAUUUGUUUGUGAUUGGUAAAUGAUUGGUAAAUGAUUGGUGAUGAUUAGACUGUUUGUUCUCACCCCAGUGCACUUGCUCAGGACAAAGUUUGAUAAAAAGGAUGGAAUUACUUUGAUCAACGGAAUCAGUUUUGUGGAAUUCGUCUUUCAGUAAGAAAGUAGAAGUCAUAGUCAGAAGUAAAUGAAUGGAAAAACACUGCUUUCCUGCUCGAAUUACGUUUUUACAGUGACUCUGUUUAGAGCUCGUUUUUGUAUGGACACAAACUUGAAUUCUGCACUUUUGUUGCUGGAUUGAUAGAGUAGUUUUGUAUUGUAGCUGUGACGUCAUUAUCCCGUUUAAGCAUUGCAGAGAUAUCUAUGCAUUUUCCCUUAUUUAAACUCUCCUUGGUGAAUAAUUUUUCUUCCUCUGUAAACCAUGAAUUAGUGAAAUUAUCUUUAUAAACUACCAUAUUCUGUUUACUAUGGACGUCACACUUGCUACUACAUCUAUAUACUGCUAAAAUUUGACGUGAAUUUUGUCAUCUUUUGCACUUAAAAAACCUUGAUGUGUCCCAGAAUCUGACGCAUUCGAAAUUUGGUCACAAUGUGAUUGUUUCUGCUAAUGAAAUUAUCUUCCCACGAAGAUAUCUUUGAUUUUACUUGACUAUUGGAUUAAGUUAUCAUAUACGUAGAAACAAUAACAAGAUUGUUAACAUCUAUAUUGACGAUGUAUGUAGCUAACAUUUGUAUAUAAAUUCUCAUAAAACAAUAGGCUCUAAUCUAAAUGGUGCUACCAUUCGUUUGCAAGCAGUUUUUAUUUGAAGUUUUCUGCUAGGUAAGAAGAGGUCUUUAGAUUAUUUCUGCUUUUCAACGAACCCUUUUAUCUCGAAAUAAGAGAUGUCAGGUUGUCAGCAUUCAAGAUGCACAUUACAAAACCCUAUUGCUUGCAGUUGGUAGAAUUUCAAAUUUCCCUUGGAGCCAAUGUUGAUUCAGUGAAUUUUUUUAAAAAUAUAUAUUAACGCAGAUGAGAAUAUUGUCUAAGUUGGUAUACCAGUAGCAUAACUUGUUUAAUUGAAGUUCAGUUGAGUUAAUUAUCCAGCAUAUAAUUUGACUCUUAAUUUAUGUUAAUUUGCUCUGUAACGACAGAAGUAAGGAACUUGAACAGUCAAGUCUCAAAAAGAAGGAAAUCUAGAUGUUUUAUGCGUUGCUAAUCAACUUUUCAAAUUUCUUGCAAUCAGCCUUUGCGAACCAAGGAUACCCGUGGCUCAAAAGAAGGGAGAAAUGGCUGCUCCUAGUUCAGUUGUUGAGUUUCCAUGAUUUAUUUCUGUUUAUAGUUAGAGAAGUUUUUUCUUCCAAGCAACCUUAAACUCAAGCUCGCCAAUUUUGGCAAUCGAGAAUCGACUAUCUGCUAGAGUGGGUACCCUCUUUCAUGUACACUGCUUCGCUACCGUUGCUUUUCAGUAUCUGAAGCAAAAUCUUUACUAUCAAAGCAUUCCUAUUGUUGACUAUCUUCAGUCUUUUCAAACAGAAAAUUUAAAGCACCAAAACAAGUCCCGUGCAACUACCAUUCAUUUUGAAACUCAAUUCUUGAAUAUGACAAAGUCCUUAAAGCAUUUUGAGAUACGGCUUAAGCCCCAGAACUUUUAUAGGUGAAGAUUUAGCAUUAACUAUCGUUUAUAAUGCAUCCAUACAACAGUUUUCUCUUCAAUUUAGUAACUCUAAAUUAUCGUUACUUUCAUCGAUCUUGUUCCCAAUAUUAGGCAUAUCCUCAUGUAAUUUUUCACGCGUAGUUUAAUCUGUAGAAUAUUGCUAACUUUUUUGUCAAUGCAAAGAUCAAUCAAACAGAA